GCCAGAAGCGGCGAUGGCGACGGGAGACGGAGGCGAGGAGGAGCCGCCGCGGGGAAAGGAGGCCGGGCCGCACCUCGGGCCCAGCGGCGACCUGGGGCAAAUGGACAAACGAAGGUUGUGCCGAGAGCCCCCAGUAGAGAAAAGAGGCCCCUACAUUAUGCACAAACCAUCUUCUAUUCAGGAUAAGCUACAAAAACAUCGCGAGAUGGCGAAGGCAAUGCUGCGGAAGAAAGGGGUGCUUUCAGGAGCCGUCCGGCAACAGCCCAAACCAGGAGGCGUGAGGACGGUGAAAUUCAACAAGGGCUACACUGCGCUCAGCCAGACUUCAGAUGAAACUUUGGUGGCCCUUGAUUCCGACAGUGAUGACCUGGAAUCCAGAUGUUCCUCCGGUUAUUCCUCAGCAGAGGUCAACCAGGAUCUCAGUCGGCAACUGCUGCAGGACGGCUACCGCUUGGAUGAGAUCCCUGACGACGAGGAUCUCGAUCUGAUCCCCCCAAAGCCCAUUUCGUCCUCGCUCUGCUCCUGUUGCUUUGGCGACUCCGCCUCCUGCUCCAUCCAGUAGGAAGAAGCCUUGGGAGGGCUGCACUAACACGGGUCAAGGAUUCAGCACUUUUCUUUCCCAAAUUCCUCUCUUUGUUUUGGAUCCCCGCUGAGCCCAGCCCUGAACUUUAGGUCAAAUCAGCGGGACUGGGGGUGGGGGCAACUCUGGAGAUUCGGCCCCUGGAAGGGCAAGGCACUGCACUGUUGGCACCUUGCUCAGAGCUCCAAGCGCCUUCUGGAUGGUGCGACGUAGAAGUGUAUUAACUGUUAAGUAUUCAGGAGGCUGAUGGAUGCCCUGUGCAAAGAGAGGUUGCUUCUCUGGACAGGUUCGGCACUCCUGAGGGACUGAUCAGGAGGCAAGGGUUACUCCCCAUAAAAGGUGAACAGAAAACCUGUGUGUGCGUGUAAAAGUGAACGAUAGCAAUCCCGAUGACUAGGUUUACAAUAUAUUGGAGGUCAAUACAUGAAGGGGGGGAGGAAAUGCUGCAUAGAGACAGAAGGAAGAGAUUUACUCCCAGGUUGCUUUUUCUGACGAGAGCGAAGUUCUUGAGAUGUUUCUGCAGGACCUCUUUAGAAUGGAGAUCUUGUCUUGCACGAGGUGGGGAGAGCAGGUUGCACCACGUUUUCUUGAGGACGUGGGCCCUUUCUUCGUCUCCAGCCAGCCUGUCGAUGGCUUUAAUUACUACAACCAUUCGGUCGCUCAUUCCAUUCUCUUUAGGGAGUAAGUAAAAGGGAAGGAGGUUGAAAGAUGCCUGAGCUCUAAUAUUCAGCCUUUAAUUAAUCUCCUGAAAGAGUCUCAAGGCCACCUAACCUUAGCAAUAGCUUAUCCUUCUGUUUGAAGGAUGCCCCACUCGGAUCCAUGGGCAAGUUGGGCCACGAAACUGCAAAUCUGGGAAACUACUGGCCUUAAAUGUGCAAGAGAUGGCUGACAAUUCUUGAACAAAUUGAUUUAUUUGGUAGAUGGGAUUUUUUGGGGGUUGCUUUGGACCCAUUUCCUUUUUGGGGGGCGGUAAAGGAAAUAAGAGGGGAAGCUAAGUGAGGAGGACAAUGUUGAAGCUUUUUAGAUAUCUGGGCUCAUCAGUUUUGCAGGUCACGUACAGCUCUUGCGUUAUCAAGCUAUCCAUUACUUUUAAUGUUUUCUAAACUUGGUGUCCUUCAAACGGACGAAGGUCCUAUCAUCCCCCAUGCUUAGAAAGCCCAUGAAGACCACCAAGGAUCUUCUGCAUGAAAUUAAAGGACCCUUGCAUGCUCUCAGCCCAUUUCACCUCUGGACCUCCUUGUAACAAAGGAUGAGUUUUAGGCAGUUUGCAGAGACUGUGUAAGUGUGUAACUUGUGUGGCAAGCAGUUCUGGGGAAGAAGAGUCAAGAUCUAGUCUUCUUAGAUCACCAACACCGACUGACCCAGAACAGAAACGGUCUGUACUUGACCAUUUUAAAUCAGUUGUUCUGAAGCGGCAUGUCUCAACCGACAUGUCGGAGAUGUUGAUGGGACAGCCGCUAUGUCCAUCUCUAGUGACAAGAUGUGGGAUUUCUGGAUGUUGGAUAGGAUGUUCUGGAUCUUGGAUGGGAGAUGUUGUAAUCAGAGUGUAGUAGAGUUCAUCAACAUGAAAUUGUCCAUCUUCGCUUCAUUGGUUGGGAGUGGGGGGGAACUCAAUGUCAUCUCCCAAGUUUGAUCGUAGAUGAUCUGCAGUUCUUCCACUGCAUUCCUGCAAUUUGAGAAGGAUGUCCCAGUGUCGACAUCCUAAACAUCUCGCUUCUGCUCGCAGCCUCCUCCCCCCCCCCCAAAAAAAAAUUAAGGCCAUUUCUUCCUCAUACUCACAACUUGCUCUUGAGGCUUAUGUCUUGUGGCUCUCUCAAAACGGAAUGGGAUUAACUUUGCCGUGGCUAACUCGGCAAUUCCACUUCAUCAUUUGAAAUAAUUUUUAAAAUUAUUUUCAUUUCGGUCAUUCACAUUUCAUUUGGUCCCUCCUUUUGCGUCCUUUAAGGAUUCUGUUCCACCAUUUCUUUGACAUAUUAGUGUAACUCUUGCCCCACGGCGAGUCGGCUGCAGUGAAUUGUCGUAGACCCCUCUCAAAGUCAACGUCUUUGACAUGGUCCCAGGGUGAAACAGAGAUGCCACCGGAAAUUAUGCAGAGCUUCCUGAUGCGGGUUGCAAAAGCUACGGGUGGCCAGUAGAUGGCAGCCAAAACACAGCAUUACAGCUGCUUCUACGCUGCCUUCUACUGGUUAUCUGGGUUUUUUCAAUCCCAAAUCUGAUUUCUCCAGACAUUUUUAAUCAAAACUAUCCAGUUACUAGCAGGUAACGGGGGAUUAUUUUUUAUUUUAUUUUUUUCCCUGCUGGGAAACCUCACCAGCAAGUUAAUUUUUUUAAAAAAGUGACCUUGUAUGUACAUUCUUUGCAGAAUUGGCUUGGUAGAGCUAUAAAAUCGGCAUUUCCCAAUCUUUUCCCUCCAUCCGUGCCGAAUUACAAUCGGUAGAAAUUCAGAUUUGGAAGUCUUAACCACCGAGGAGGAGGCAAAUACUAGCUUGGAGGAAGUUGUGCCGAUAGUGGCGAAUAUUAUAGUAUAGCGGCGAAAAUUGUACUAAGCUAAACCAAUAUCUUUGGUUUUGCUAUUUAUUUAUUUUUUUUCAAAAAAAAGCUACAGUUCCUUUCCAUUUAUUAGGAAAAAAAGGACUCCUUUGUUGGCCGGAUUGCCACAGAUGCUUUUUGUCCAGGACCAGAAACUACAAUGUUCACAACGGAGCCCAUGUUACUCAGUUCGUUCAAUGAACUUUAAUGACGCGUAUCGUCAUAGACUCUCAGAAUUUAAGGCUUAGAUGGGAUCUUAAAGAUCAUCUAGUCCAAGGUUCUCCAAACUUGGCAACUCUUAAGACUUGUGAAGACUUCCAAUUCCCAGAAUUUCAGCUAACACUGAAUUCUGGGAGUUGAAGUCCAGAAGUCUUAAAAAGUCGCCAAGUUUGAAAACUCCUGAUCUAAUCCAAAGCCUAUAUAUAUUAUAGGAUAUUAAGUGUUUUUCUAUCGAGACACCUUGUCUACCCCAGCAUGUGGGAGGGAGCAACUGCAUCCUUUUUGCCUUUCAGCUCCAAUCCAGGAGCCCUCAAGCAGUCGCAUUCACAACAAACCAUUUUAUACCAAAUUUAUAUUUCGCUGAUAAAUAAAGGGAGGCUAGUAUAGAUCUAUUUCAAGAUAUUUAGCUCUCAUCAGCUAGCCAUACCCUUACUUGGAUUUGAACUUGGGCUUAAUCUCUCCCAUGGCUCAAGCUGAUGAAGGGAGGAGAACUUGUGGCUCAGAAGAUAAUUCAACUGCCUAACAUGUAGGCAGCCCAAAUUCAAAUCUGAGUAAGGGUAUGGCUAGCUGAUGAGAGCUAAAUAGCUUGAAAUAGAUCUAUGCUAGUCUCCCUUUAUUUCUUUAUCAGCGAAAUAUAAAUUUGGUAUAAAAUUAUAGGAUAUAUAUAUAUAUGUAUACGUAAUUUUGCAAGGGAAGAAUUAAGAUACUAGCAGGCAUUAUACAAACGCAUCUUCACUCAGCUCUCUGCUGCGAAGCUGAGUGAACGGAUGAUUCUACAGGCAUUUUUAGAACAGACACCCACUAAAUCUGCCCAAUAGACUUUAUUUUCAAAGCUGCCUUAAAGCACUAAAAUGCAUUACAUGAAGUUUUUUUUUUUUUAAAAAAAAAACCUGAAUAGCACAGAAGACAAUCUUACAGGAUAUUUAAUAUUAUUGUAUAUUCGGUUCAUUGUGUGUCUUUUUUUUUUUGUACAGUCUAACCAAGGAAAGCGUCUAUCGAAUAAAGUACCUUUUACGCUACA